AUGUCGAUAAGCAACAUUGAAGAAAAACUUGAAAUAGCAAAAGACAGACUGCUCGAACUUGAUAGGGAGGAAAGUUUAAUAGAAGAAAGUACACCGUCAGAGAGUACAACGCCAGAGAGUACAACUACAAAAGAGUCAGGAAAAAUUGUAGUAUUUAGUGACGUGUCGCUUGAAAGAUACUGCAAGUUCCGUGGGGAAGGGAAACUGAAAAAGGCCAACAUUUACAUCCGUCUAGUUGAGGGAGAAAUCAUUACGUACAAAAUGCUGAGUUCUGCUCAUGGGUUUGUAGCACAAGAAUUGGCUAGUGAUUUGAAAAUUUGGAGCAACCGACAACUUAACGUUAUUAGCGAGCAGGACAUUAUCACUAGUGAUAACAGUAAGUAUUGUGCUGAUGUUAUAGCUGAACCAAGACAAAUCCCGCCACCUGCACCCAGAGAAGCGCAACCAACAAUCAUUAUAGAAGUGGCAAAAUCCGAGACUCUCAGCAGUUUGAAUGAUCUGACAGCAGAUUACUUUUCAGCUUCUACACAGACAAAUUCUACCCAG